UAAAACUUUGUUAUACAUACAUAUCGUCUGUUUUUGUUUUCUAUUGUUCUUCGUUUCAUAUAUAUGCUUGUGUCAUACCAAAUAAAAUAAAAUAAUAUAUAUAUGCUUGUGUGUUGCCAUAUAUAUUUUAUCGGAUGCAAAAUCUAAUACAUGUGUAUGAUCUAUCCUAGUAUCUGUUUAACAUUUGUAUAUUCAUGGACCAUACAUGGCCAAUCUCGAUUAAUAAAAACGUUGUUUAUCUUCUGGUACUAGUGUUUGCUUCUCGUUAAUAGAUAUUGGUUAGUUCUUCAGAUCUUGGAAAACCGAACCCAAGCACAUAUAUACUAGUCCAAGGAGCAUAAAGCCAUGUUCCUCUAUAGAACAUAUAACUCAUGACUUACCAAAACGAAAUCUGUAGUAAAAAGAAGCAAAGGCUAUUUUUUGCAUAUAUGGGACUAUUGAGAACCCAUUUUUAUGCCUUCAUAACUUGAGUCUUGCAAUAGAAUGCGAUUUCAUAUUUUAUUUAUAUAAAUAGAAUAAGCAUGAACAAAUACAUAGAUUUUAAUAAAAGAAAAAGCUAUAACAUGUUAUCUUUUGAACUUAUAUUCAGAGAAAACUAUAAAAUAUUACCAAAUUCAUAAUUUGUCACCUUUUAAUCCAAAAUUUAAAAUUUAUUGUUUUGCAAUUUUAUGAAUUUAUGACGAUUCUACAAAACUUUGAUAGAGAAAUUGAUAGAUAUAGAAUAAUUAAGAACUGUAAAUAUUUCUUGAUCAUAUUACUCCUUUUAUAUAGCUUAAUUAAUUUAAUUAUAAUUAUUUUGUAUAAUUUAUUUUGUUCAUAAUUUGGUUUAUAUUAUAAUCGGUUUAAAUUUGUUGUUAACAAUUAGUGUUAAGUAUUUUUCUUUAGAUAACAUAUAUUUUGAACAUUUUUAUAAUUAUUUUUGUUAUUAUAUUUAUUGUAUGAUGUAUAACAUUUUUAUAUUUUUUUUAUGUAAUGGCUAUUAAUAUUGAAUUAUUAUGUUACUUAAAUAAAUGAUAUAUUUAUAAUUUAGGAAUAAAUAAAUUAAUCAGUUAAUUUAAAUUAUUUAUUAUUGAUUGAAAUGUUUUGCAUUAUUUAAAUUUGUAAAAAGUAAGUUCAAUUAAUUUUUCGUUGUUUUAUAAAUUAUUUCAAUUAUUUAAUUGAUCUAAAUAAUUUGAAAGAAAAUUGCUAGAAAUUAUUAAAAAGAUGAGAUCUAAUAUUUUAUAUUAGUCGAUUAAUUAUUGUGUUGUUUGGAAACAUGAAUAAUAGUAUAAAAAAGAGUAUAUUGUUUGGAAACAUGAAUAGUAAUACGAAGAAAUGAAUAUUAGUGAUUUAAUGUAUGUUUCACGAUAAAGUAAAAAAAAUGUAUUUAAUUUAAAAAUUUACAACAUAAAAGUUAGGUCUAACGUAAUGUUUCUGUUUUAAUAAAAUAGAUUUGGAUGGUGAUGUAGAGAUAACACUAUCAGUCUAUCACAAAUGUAAGGACGUGGGUUUUGGAACAAAAUUCUAGUGCUCCGGUUAAUAUGGCGGUUGAAGACGAAGACAUAUACACAUUUCAAACAUGAAAAUUAACGAUGUAUGCUGUUUUGAUUUACAAUACAUAUGUAACUGCGUUGACGUUUCCGGUUCGGAGAAGAGCCAUGUCCGUAGUUUUUUAGAUAUGACAGCUUCUACCUUUUGAAAAGUAGAUAAAAGCGGUUGCGUGUGUUGAGCUGAGCACUAAAACUAUGUCUCUUUCGUAGGAUCCACGUUAAGGAUUUCUGCACUACUUUCCAUCUUACAAACUUGAUCACAAAGUGGAAAAGAUCGAAGAUGAACCAGAUGAUGAAGACCGGAGCUGUUUCUGAUCCUCGUUCGAGGCUCAAGUGGGACAUAUUCCUCAGUUUCCAAAGAGACAGAAACCACAGUUUCACGGAUCGUCUCUAUGAAGCGCUCAUCAAGGCACAUGUCCGGGUAAGGAACGGUGACGUGGGACGCAAGGAUCAGAAGCUGGGUCCAAGUCUUGUGGACGCUAUGGAGGAUUCAGUGGCUUUCAUUUUCAUCUUAUCCCCUGACUAUGCCAAGUCUCGCUGGUGCCUUGAUGAAUUAGCCAAGCUCUGCGAUCUGAGAGCAUCGCUGGGUCGUCCUAUAUUACCAAUCUUUUACGAGGUUGAUCCAUGGCACUUUCGGAAACAGAGUCCUUUCGAAAAAGACUUUGAAGAGCACGCGAAAAGAUUUGGCGAGGAGGAGAUAGAAAGAUGGAGGGGAGCUAUGAAUGGAUUCUUACACAAACUUAUGAAUGUAGUCGGACAUAUCUCCGGAUUUUUGAUCGGCGAUAUGGAGACCGAAGUCAUCACCAAACCGCACAGACUCAAGUUCGACGUCUUCCUCAGCUUCCGAGGCGAAGACACGCGCCACACCAUCACCGAGCGCGUCUACGACGCUCUCCACCGAAAAGAGAAAGUCCGCGUCUUUCGCGACGACGAAGGUAUGCAACGAGGCGACGAGAUCAACCCGAGCCUCGUCGCAGCCAUGGAAGACUCUGCAGCCUCCGUCGUCGUUUUAUCCCCACGCUACGCUGACUCUCACUGGUGCCUUGACGAGCUAGCUACCCUCUGCGAUCUGAGAGCGUCUCUGAGACGCCCGAUGAUACCAAUCUUCUACGAGGUUGAUCCCUCGCACGUCCGUAAACAGAACGAUCAUUUCGCUAAGGACUUUGAAGUACAUGCUAAAAGGUUUAAGGAGGAGAAGAUACAGCGGUGGAGGAAAGCUAUGACUUUGGUCGGAAACCUCUCUGGUUUUGUUUGCAAAGAAGACUCUGUUGAUGAUGAGAUGAUAGGGCUUUUGGUGAAGAGGGUUUUAUCUGAAGUGAGCAACACACCAGAGAACGUUGGAGAUUACACCGUUGGCUUGGAGUCACGUGUUGAUGAUUUGAUCAAUCUGGUCGACGUUAAAUCCACCUCUGACGUUCAAAUCCUGGGGCUUCACGGUAUGGGUGGUAUUGGGAAGACGACCCUUGCAAAAGCCUUUUAUAACAAGAUCGUUGCAGACUUCGAGCAUAGAGUUUUCAUCUCAAACGUUAGAGAAAGAUCAUCAGACCAUGAUGGUUUGGUUAAUCUACAAAAGAGUUUGAUCAAGGGGCUUCUCCGUUCGCUACCUGAAAUAGAAGAUGUUAACCGAGGGAGAGACAAGAUAAGAGAGAGCGUUUAUGAGAAGAAGAUUCUUGUGGUUUUAGAUGAUGUUGAUAAGGUAGACCAAGUUGAUGCGCUGGUUGGUGAAAAAAGUUGGUAUAGUGAAGGAAGUCUUAUAGUCAUCACUACAAGAGAUGAAGAUAUUCUGAGUAAGGUCUUAGUGAAGCAAAAGUAUGAAGUCAGGUGCUUGAAUGAGGAGCAGGCCUUGAAGCUGUUUAGUUAUCAUUCACUACGGAAAGAAAAACCAACAGAGAGUUUACUAGAGCUGUCCAAGAAGAUUGUCAAGAUAUCAGGACUAUUACCACUAGCACUUGAAGUGUUUGGAUCUCUUUUGUAUGACAAGAAGGAGGCAAAAGAAUGGCAAACUCAGCUAGAGAAGCUCAAAAACACUCAACCAGGCAAUCUUCAGGAUGUUCUGAAGCUGAGUUUUGAUUCUUUAGACGAUGAGGAGAAGAAUGUGUUCCUGGAUAUUGCCUGUCUCUUUCUUAAAAUGCAGAUAAAGAAAGAAGAAAUCGUCGACGUACUGAAUGGUUGUGGGUUUAACGCCGAGGCUGCUCUCAGUGUCCUCAGACAGAAGUCUCUUGUUAAGUUCUUGUCAGACGAGAAUCUUUGGAUGCAUGAUCAGAUUCGAGACAUGGGAAGGCAGUUAGACCUUAAAGAAACCCCUGGGGAUACUAGAAUGCGGAGUAGACUCUGGGACCGUGCUGAAAUCAUGACUGUAUUGAACAAUAUGAAGGGAACAUCAUCCAUCCAAGGAAUUGUACUUGACUUUAAAAAGAAGUUAGCAACAGAUCCAAGUGCAGAUAACAUUGCGUUGGGGAAUCUACAUGACAAUCCAGGCAUCAGAGCUGUGUUUAGUUACCUGAAGAAUAAGUUUGUAGGAUUUCCAGCAGAGGAAAAGCCAAAAAGCUCUGAGAACACCAUUCCUGUAGAGCCUUUUGUACCAAUGACAAAGUUGAGACUCCUUCAGAUUAAUCAUGUGGAGCUGGCAGGGAAUCUUGAACGUCUUCCAUCUGAACUCAAGUGGAUACAGUGGAGAGGCUGUCCAUUAAAGGAGGUACCACUCAAUCUUCUUGCUCGGCAACUUGCUGUUCUUGAUCUUGCUGAGAGUGCAAUAAGACGCAUCCAGAGUCUGCACAUCGAAGGGGUGGAUGGAAACUUGAAGGUUGUAAACUUGCGUGGCUGUCAUAGCUUAGAAGCCGUUCCUGAUUUAUCAAACCAUAAGUUCUUAGAGAAGCUUGUCUUUGAACGAUGCAUGCGUCUGGUGGAAGUUCCAAGUUCAGUUGGUAAUUUGAGAACAUUACUUCACCUGGAUUUAAGAAACUGUCCUAACCUCACUGAGUUUCUUGUGGAUGUUUCUGGACUGAAGAGUCUUGAAAAGCUUUACCUCUCUGGCUGUUCAAGUCUGAGUGUGUUACCAGAAAACAUUGGUCUCAUGCCAUGUUUGAAAGAGCUUUUUCUUGAUGCAACUGGGAUAAAGGAGUUACCAGACUCUAUUUUUCGCCUCGAAAAUCUUCAAAAGCUUAGCCUAAAGAGCUGCAGAUCUAUUCAAGAACUUCCUAUGUGCAUAGGAACAUUGACAUCACUGGAAGAGCUAGAUCUGAGUAGCACUUCACUGCAAAGUCUUCCGAGUUCUAUAGGAGAUUUAAAAAAUCUCCAGAAGCUGAGUUUGAUGCACUGUGCAUCCCUUUCUAAGAUACCUGACACUAUUAAGGAGCUCAAAUCACUGAAGAAACUAUUUAUCUACGGAAGUGCAGUGGAGGAGCUGCCUCUAUGCCUAGGCUCACUGCCAUGUUUGACUGACUUUUCAGCAGGAGAAUGCAAACUUCUGAAGCAUGUUCCAAGUUCAAUUGGUGGAUUAAAUUCUCUUCUAGAACUUGAGUUGGAUUGGACACCAAUUGAAACUCUACCAGCAGAGAUUGGUGACUUGCACUUUAUUCAAAAACUUGGGUUGAGGAACUGCAAGUCUCUGAAGGCUCUGCCUGAAUCAAUAGGAAACAUGGACACACUCCAUAGCUUGUUCCUUACAGGCGCUAACAUUGAGAAACUGCCUGAAACUUUUGGCAAGCUUGAAAACCUAGACACACUCCGAAUGGACAACUGUAAAAUGAUCAAGAGGCUUCCUGAAUCAUUUGGAGACUUGAAAUCGCUUCACGAUCUGUACAUGAAGGAAACUUCGGUGGUAGAGCUGCCAGAAAGUUUUGGAAACCUCUCAAAUCUAAGGGUAUUGAAGAUACUGAAGAAGCCUCUCUUUAGAAGUUCUCCAGGUACAAGUGAAGAACCUAGUUUUGUUGAAGUACCAAACUCUUUCUCAAACCUCUUGUCACUUGAGGAGAUAGAUGCUAAAGGUUGGGGGAUAUGGGGUAAAGUACCUGAUGAUCUUGGGAAGCUUUCAUCUCUCAAGAAACUAGAACUGGGGAAUAACUAUUUUCACAGUCUUCCAUCUAGCCUUGAGGGGUUAUGGAAUCUUAAAUUAUUUACAUUGUAUGACUGCCAAGAGCUGAAGUGUCUCCCCCCUCUUCCGUGGAAACUGGAGAAGCUAAACCUGGCAAACUGCUUUGCGUUGGAGAGUAUAGCAGACCUCUCAAAGCUGGAGAUCUUGGAAGAGCUCAAUCUCACAAACUGUGGGAAAGUGGAUGAUGUUCCAGGCCUAGAGCAUUUGAAGGCUCUGAAAAGGUUAUACAUGAGCGGCUGCAACUCUAGGCUCUCUGUUGCAGUCAAGAAAAGACUUUCCAAGGCUUCUUUGAAAAUGAUGAGGAAUCUGAGCUUACCUGGGAACAGAAUCCCUGACUGGUUUUCACAAGGCCCUCUCACAUUCUCUCCUCAACCCAACAGAGAGCUCAGAGGCGUAAUCCUGGCCGUUGUUGUGGCUCUUAACCAAGACUGCAUAGAUGACUACCAGCUGCCUGAUGUGAUGGAGGUUCAAGCACAAAUUCUAGAACUUGAUUCACCCUUAUACACCCACACAUUGCACCUCUUUGGAGUGCCAAGAACAAGUGAUGAUCAACUCCACAUCUGCCGAUACCCAACUUUGCACCCAAUGGUUUGGACAUUUAGAGAUGGGUACACCAUACAAGUUGUUAAACGAGAACCACCAAUCAAACAAGGCGUUGAGCUAAAGAUGCAUGGGAUUCAUCUUGUUUAUGAAGGGGAUGAUGAUUUUAAAGGUGAAGAACAUGUAUUGAACGAGACACAGCUCACUGUCUCUCAGAAGCUUGCCAAUUUUUUCAGAUCUUUUGAAGAAGGUGAAGCCAGCUCAGAAAGUGAAUCUGCUUGAUACUCCAACUGAUGGUUCAGUCUCUCUCUCACUGUAAUGGAUGGUGUGGACAAGUUUGAUAAACCAUACAACAUUAUUAUUUUGAUGCUAUGGUGUCAAAUGAUUGACCUCAUUGUAUCUUUAUCAUCUCAAAGAUGCGAUGACAUCAUAUAUCUUUGUGAUAUUAUCUUACAAGACAUCAAAAGAUUUUCGUCAGACUAAAGAAACAAUGUAACACAUCCAUCUCAAGUCAAUCCACAAUCAGAUCAUUUAUGACUUCUUCAAACCAUAUAUGCUUCUUCAUGGCAAAUGUCGUCUAUAAUCAUCCAACUUGAUCAUUUGUUUAAAUUAGUCUAGUAAGUUAUAUAUUUCAUUAGUAGUUCAAAUACAAAAAAAAGUUAUAUAUUUCAUUCAAUGGACCUGUCACAGUUCAGAAGUUGUCACGGCUGAAAGUCAAGGUGAAGAUAUUGUUGUGCAUCAACAGAAAAUUGAAAGUGGUAUUUAUUUGAUAUAAAUAGUCAACGUAAAUUAAAAGCGGAAUAUAGUUUAAAAUUAUCAAAUAUAUUGUUUUGUCUGUAUAUCGGAUAUUAUUUUUUUACGAAUACUUAUUAUCACAUCAAAUUAUUUAUAUAUGACAAAAAAUUUCUUUAAAAUAUUUUUAAUCAAACAUCAAAAUAUUUAUAUAUGACAAAAAUUGCUUUAAAAUAUUUAAGUUUAUUAUUGUGUUAAAUUUUUUAAAACACUCAUAUUAAAAAUAUUUUAGAAAUAUCUUUAUACAAAUGUUUUUGAUGAUUAAUAUUUAACUAUAAAUUAUUUUAUUUUAAAAAUUUUAAAUAGAACAAUAUUGUUUCAAGAUAACAACACAACAUAUAAGAAUUAUCUUGUUUAAAAAAAAUCUGAUAUUAUUAAUAUAAAAUUUAUUUUAAUUAUUUAGAUAAAUUAUAUACAAAAUUCAUUGUACUGCUUCAAAACCACUCUUUUCAUAUAUGCGUUCAAUCAAAGUAUAACAAAAUUUGCUCAAUUUUGCAGAUUUUUAUUGAGAAAUUGGCUAAUUGAUAUUUAAAUUUUAUCCAACCUUAUUAGCGUCAGCUAGCAAGGGAAAACACGAGAUGUGACUAUUCCUCGUAUCUUAAUAGUUAAAUAUCAUGAUUAAUAUAUGUUAUAUAAAAUAUUUGAAUAUCAAAAAUUGAUUUAGGAGGUUCUAGGAUAUAUUUUAUAUAUAUAUUAUCUUUGUUUUAGUUAUCUUAUAUGUAUAUAUUUUUGUUUCUUAUACAUAAUUUACAAGAAAAAAAAAACAAAAUUUCAGAGAAAAAUUAAGUAAAAUUUAAGUAAUCUUAAGUAAUUUUAGUAAAACUUUAGAAAAAUUUUAGUAAAACUUUAGCAAUUUUUUAGCUGAUAAAUGUCAUUACUGCUUUUUUGGUUGUUUUUUUGGUUGCUUUUGUAUAUGAAAAAUAUACAGAGACAAUUCUCAGUCUUAAUUGGAGGUUUUUCGUCGAUUUGCAAAUAUCUUCUGCACCAACUCCGAGGUUUGAAGUGACUGAUGUCUCCACUUUCAUGAGCCCUCCUUGACUUGGUCAUAUACUAAGAAGACUACCAGGUAGUUUUCCAAGUCUUCUCUUUGAUUUCCGCUCCAAUGGUUUUAGGGUUUAGCAUAGAAUCUUUGCUUCUUUAUGCUGGAAACACACGUUCACAUAUUUGGCUAUGCAAGUUGAUAAAUAAAUGUGAUCUUCACUUA